GGAGGGUUUGGUGGUUAUAGGAACAGAGACUUUUUCAAAGAAAAUCCAGCUGUUAGAGAGAGAGAGAAAGGAGAGGAGAGAGAGAAUAAGAGAGAGAACGCCAGUCUGUGCCUGGGAAACUUCUGAUAGGCGAGACGAGUCGGUGAAGACCCGCCCCCUGCGCUAGCCAUUGUUAAACAUGCGUUUUAGAAUAGUAAAACCUGAAACUCUCUAACGAAGGGCGCUUUACAGAUCACGUCACGCUUGGCAAAGCCAUUUCUGAAGGAAUUUGCACACCAUUUCUGUAUACUGUAAGUUUCUGACUGCUCUGCUUCGCCUCCACUCCGCAAGUAGUCUGCGAGCUGCGCCGACAAAUAGUGCGGCGACCUCAACCAGCACCGAAUGUAAGGAGAAGCAAAACAUGCGCAGUGGUGUGUGUGAGUGAGAUAACCAAGUAGAUUUUUGCUUAUCAUGCCUUGCCUUGGACUUCACCACGCAAGGAGACCGAUCUUGGGACCCUGUGUUUACCGCGGAGGACUUGCUGGUUGUUGCUGGUAGACUUACCGCGUCCCCUCCCUCCGCUCCCACUUGUUCUCCGCCAACUGAUUAAAGGAGGACACCGCCAGGUUCGAGAUCAGGCGGAAAGUGCCGCUGGUUUGUUGUCCCUGCGGCAGAUCGGCAACAGUCGGUGGGGAUCUCCUUGCACGGCCAAUUGGGCAAACUUUUAGUCACCGCACGGAUUAUUUUUACACGCCUGCUUCUUUCGGUUAAUCAAGUGAAGCGUUCAGCCAGCUAAUCUGAGGACGACCCAUCACCCACGCGCGUGCGUCCAGCCAACGGACCGCGUUAAUCCCCUCGGUCGUCGAAGCGACCAGGGCCCGACAGAGCGUGACCGAGUAACCAAGCAAGCAAGUGACAAGUUCAGCUGAUUACAAGCAAGGACAAGCCAACCUGUGUGCGACAUCAAACAAAUUAGCGGAAAGGAGAGGAGCAGAUAUUGACUGCGUGUGUGUGUGUGUGUGCUACCUUCUCCCCCCUACUCCACCCGAUCCGGACUCCGGACUUGGCUCCAGCGGAGACGACUAAAUGAGUCCUGUACGGAAAAAAAGGAGCAACGGCCAGCCAAACUGAUCGGAGGGACGAGAACCCUGGCCCAGAGAGGUUCGAAGCGGCAUCGCCGACAGUCAUCGCCGCUGAAAAGUGUUUAGACUUUGGAACAACUCAUCGCUGCUGUCGUCAGUGAGCCAGCUGUCAGAGUGUGAUAGUCUGUUCUCUUGACCAGGAAAUAUAUUUUGUGCCCAGAAGUCUGGACUGUGCGGUGUCACUGGACCAGGGGAGGACAAACACACAUAAACAUAUAUACAUACACACAAACAAACAAAAAUAAACAUUGUGUGACUGUGUCUUCUUCACAUGUUCGUACGUCACGGUACGACAAUGCUGUAACGCUGCGAACGUCACUUCAAAGAGAAAAAAGUAUUUUCUUCUGUGACGUGUUGUGUUUCCGUCUGGAAUUGUACACCUGUCAAGGACCCGCCGUGCUGCGCCCCCUCGCCAUGCCUGCCAAAGACGAGGAAGCUAGUCCAGGAGACCACACGGCCACCGCCAGCAACAGUCCUGACGCCGCCAACAGCAGCAGCAACUCUUCCAAAAAACAAGCCCGGAAACGAGGUCACAGCGGAAUCAAUCAGCUGGGAGGAGUCUUCGUCAACGGUCGACCCUUGCCCGACUCGACCCGCCAGCGGAUCGUGGAGCUGGCCCACUCGGGGGCCCGGCCCUGCGACAUCUCACGGAUCCUUCAAGUCUCCAACGGCUGCGUAUCCAAGAUCCUGGGCCGUUACUACGAGACCGGCUCCAUCCGGCCGCGCGCCAUCGGGGGGAGCAAGCCGCGGGUGGCCACGUCCGACGUGGUGAGCAGGAUCGCCCAGUACAAGCGCGAAUGUCCGUCCAUCUUCGCCUGGGAGAUACGAGACAGGCUGCUGUCUGAGGGCAUCUGCAACCAGGAGAACAUCCCCAGCGUGUCAUCAAUCAAUCGUGUCCUGAGAAACCUGGCGGCCGAGAACCAGAAGGUGAUGGGCCAGAGCUCGAUGUACGACAAGCUGGGACUGCUCAACGGACAAGGGUGGCCACGUCACAACCCCUGGUACACUCCCUCCGUGUCCAUGCCCGGCCUGGCACACCCCUCCGCCUACCCGCCUGCUCAGCCACCCUCGCUGGGCCUCGACAAGAAGCCUGGAAGCAGCAGCAACACUAGCUCCCCUAGCGGACAAUCUGACGGCAUGAACGGGGAAACGGACGAACAGAUGCGCAUGCGACUGAAGAGGAAACUUCAAAGAAACAGAACGUCCUUCACGGCUGGGCAAAUCGAGUCCCUGGAGAAAGAGUUUGAAAGAACUCACUAUCCUGAUGUCUUCGCACGGGAGCGGCUGGCGCAAAAGAUCGACCUACCUGAAGCACGAAUACAGGUUUGGUUCUCCAAUCGGCGGGCAAAAUGGCGGAGAGAAGAGAAACUGCGUAACCAGAGGCGUGACGUCUGCAACGGCAGCACGCGCCUUCCCAUCAACCACUCGUUCACCAAUGGCAUGUACCCUUCCAUCCACCAGCCCAUCGCCUCCAUGCCUGAUAAUUACAGCUCGAUGCCCCCGAUGCCUAGCAGCUACUCCCUCUCCAACAACAUCGGCGCCAACUCCGCCUGUCUGCAGUCGUCCUCCUCAUCCUAUUCCUGCAUGUUGCCAGAAUACACACCAAGGAGUUAUGAUCCCUUGUCACUUAGCAACUAUUCACGACCAGCGUGCAACGCCGGAAGUGGCAUGCAGGGCAUGAACCAUGGCCCACCAAACGGAGCGUCUACAGGUCUGAUCUCCCCGGGUCUGUCUGUGCCUAUCCAAGUACCCGGGGCGCCGCAGGACAUGGGCACCCACAUGGGCACGAUGGCGUCACAGUACUGGCCGCGCAUCCAAUGACAAUACACUCCCUGGCGCGCGUGCGCAGUCCCACCCAGCCCUGGCGCUCCACCUCCUCCACCAGCGUCAGCCACAACGACACCCACGACGAACGUCGCCAGCGCCAUCAGAAGCAACCACAGCUACUUCUUUCGUUAUUAAACUGCAGCAGUGACUGCCGCGGCAUCACCUGCAGCAGCAACUGUCACGAUUGCGGCUCAGUCCGGUCACGUCAGCAGCUGCAGCCUUAACUCUCAUGCCAGCUGCAGCAGCAGCAGCUGUCGCGUUACCUUCUGCAGCACUGACUGUGUCGUGCGUUGGUUCUGCGUCUUGUCUGGUCCGGAGGACAAGCAACAUGGCUUGAGGCUGUGUCCGGUGCAAAACUUUGCGAAGACUUCAAAAGGCCGGCAAAGAAACUUCCAGAACUUCUGAACGGAAGCUCAAGGAUCCUGAUCCCCUGCUUGGAUCACUUCUAGUGACUGCUGGCGAGGACAGGGAGCUGGCGAGGGAUUCUGAGGACCAGGCGACCUCACAUUUGCUAUCAAACUUUCUCGUCGAGGUCAACGCCAACUGGGUCGAUGUCACCAAACUGGGACGAGGACAACACGAACUGCACGUGAACAAGUAUUUAUUGUUCGCCAGGGUUCGUCAACAAAAAUAUCUUUUCAUUGUUUUCUUGGAUUUCUGUCCAAGGUUACACGAUCUGACUUUGACCUUUGCACCUCGAGAAAAAGCAAAGCGUUCAAGGUCUGAGCCAAGGGCCUAUGUAGUGUUCAUAUUCAGUCUCCAUGGAGCAAGUAGUGAACUCCCUUGACUGCAGACGAGAGAGAGGAGUUGAAAGUGUGAAACGUGAAGCGUGAAGACAGACAUGCAUGUUAUGGCCGAGCACAAACAAACACUUUGUCGUGGUGGAAAGUUCAUCUCUUCAGUCGGGGGAAGAGGGAGGAAUGAAGAGAAAUAGACUCUAGGCUAUAUGUACUAACAUAUCUUUUUAUGUAUCAUCUUCUGCUUCUCCUUACCAAUAUCUGUCGAAAUAGAUGACCUCUUGGGAUUUUUUAAUUGCCUCUAUGGGUGGCUGUGUGAUUGUAGCAAAGGUCAAACUCAGGCAGACGUGAAAGUUCAGUGAUAUUAAGGGGCGAACCACAAAGGUAUAUACUUAACUCAGGGAGUCGGUUGUAGCAAUUAAAAGUAUCGCCAGGUAUGGAACGGGUGGGGUGGAAAAUCGGUGGAGAAUCGUAUUACUCAACACCUCGUGAAUGACGUCAGCAUUAUUUGUGGAGGACAAGGGAGAGGGUUGAUGUCCUGCCGGCCUCUUUUUAUGAAUGUAGCUUCGAUGAGGGAAAAAAAACCUGUUCGUGAGCCGUGCUGGUUCAGCACACAUGAACGUAAAAACCAGAGUUCAUUCACCCUUAAAAAUCAUCCACCCGGCUGUACUUUCAGACAAAGAUGGGUACGUGUUCACACACACAGAUGCACACACAUGCAGACAGCAAUCUCAAAGCUGGGCAAGAGAAUGGUGUAAAGCAGUUUCAUGGGAUCAGACGGGGGAUUGGGCGAGCUGGGACUACACGUGCACGGCGCGUGCGUGAGCCUGGAAGUCAUGAAGGUCGUCACCGCAAACAUUUGCUCAUUUUCACGUGAGCCACUCGACGGUCCGCUGGUCCCAAAGCAGCAGAGUUGCGUGCCCACCAAAGAUUGUCACUAAUCAAACCACACACCAGAAUAGCACUCACCCUCCAUCCCAUGAUAACAAUCUCUUUUACCCGUUCUUUUUCUUAUUUUUAAAUUCUUUCGUGACUUGACCCAUGAACUUUGGAGUUUUAGCUUAAACAUUUGUUUCUUAACCAUAAGUCUGAAAAUGACCUUGAUCUCUCUGUUUCUUUCUUGUUUAAAUAAUUCUUUGAAAGAAAUAUUAUCUAGAGAUUAAUUUAAGCAGAAAGUAAAAUGUGACCAGAAAAAGUGUAAUUUUUUUUUGUUGCAAUCAACAAAGUAAAAUAUAAUGCAAGUUAAAUAAAACAAAUUACUGCAAAUAUAUUGCUUCCAAUGUAUAAAUAAAUAAAUUUUCAAUCAGGAGCAGUUAACCAAGUUAUAAGUAAACGUUUUCUUUUUCAAAUUGUCCUGGAAUUGUUUUUCCGUAAAUUGUAAGUAUACAGUAGUGAACGUGAAGCAGACGCCAACAAACAAGUUCGUAACCACAAGUCCUUUAGUUAACUGACAGCGAAUGGAGGGUUUGCCAUUAAGUCCAACAGGAAUUAUUCGUGCGAAUAUUUCUGACCUAAACUUGUCCGCCUCUUAAAAUCAGUUGUCACCUAUGACGAGGUCAGAGGUCAGCAGUAAUCAGUAAAGAUGAAGAGGUCACGAGAGCAGCUUGCUUACCGCUGACAGAAUCUGAAGGCGAUGUCAACAUGAUGUGAACAUGGUGUCGAUAUUUUGUCAACAUUGUGUCAACAUUGUGUCGAUAUGGUGUCUACAUGGGGUAGACCAUGCUGCUCAUUUCCAAUUGGUCAGAAAGCUCUGCUCCCAGCGUCAUGUUUGUUCAUUGUCAGAAAAUUCCUCUCCCAGCAUCACUUUUUUCAUUGGUUGAAAAAUUCUUCUACCAAAUGGCAAACUAUUUUUUUGGUUUAAAAAACCUCUGAUUUCAAUAGUGUCUUUAUCUGCACUGUUCAGAGAAGAUAUUUUGUAUAAACUGAAUAGAAAAAAAUAGUGACCUUUGACAGGCCACCAAAAAAUAAAAAAGAAAUUGGAAAAAGUGUGUAGGUUUUUUUUUAAAAAUUCAUUCAGACGGAAAAGAAAAGGGAGGGAAUUUCAAUCUCUGACUCAUGAGGCGUGAAUUGGAUGCAAGCAAAUUCUCCGUUCUUAUGUGUGUGUAAGCUCGCUACCCUGUGUAAGGACUACCUCCACGUGAGAACGUCGAGCAGUUGCUCCCCACAGGCUAAACAAUACCUUCAGGCUUCUCUCAAAACAUCUCGUGGCACGAGACUUACACGAGUUCGCAGGGUGGGUGUGGCAUGAAGGACCACUAUGCUUCUGUGGAAGUAGGAAUCCUUCCCUAGCAUCAGGGACCCCAGCAGCGUGCGGCCCCCCAACAGAACAAUGUCCUGUAGCUGCUGCGUUUCCUCGGAGACUUCCGGUAGCCUGCCUCGCACGUGCCUCGCGGACACUCGGGGCUGCGAGCCGCCAUUCAACUGCCCGCAGAGACUGCAUGUUGCACGAUAUUAAAGGUGACUGGAGACCGACAGCAGAUCUCCCUCAUGCCCCUUGUACGCCUUCCUCGGGCCUCCAGAAUUUAAUUUGGACCACUUUAGUUUCUCCGGGAGAAAAAAUUCUGAGCUAGGACGAACACACACACAGACAGACACACAAGCAUGUGCGCGUGCUCAAGCUCGCGUAUGGGAUUGUUUUUCGUUUAGGGGAUGACUGGCUGGACUUGGACUUUGAUGGGCUGUAAGGACUUAACAAAGUCUCUCUCAUAUUUUCGUGUGUGUGCUUAGCUUAUAUAGUUCAGGUUAAACGAGAUUAUUCUUGCUAAGAGUGUCUUUCUGUGUCAGUAUUCUCAGUUCAGUCCCUCAGCAUUAGGAUGUCUCAGGUUCACCACAAGGCUCCUACUUCUUGCUUGCUCUUAGAAACAAAGAGUAGAAAGCAUAAAGCUUCAAUCAGAUCCUGUGAGAAGAAGAUGGAGCAACAAUGUGUCUCAGCUACUUUAUUGAGAGAAAAUGUAUCAAGAGUGUCUGUGUGGAAAAACACUUCUGAGCUAUUCUUCGUCAACCUAAAUGUCAGCCACAAACUAGCUCUACACCAGCAUGGUCAGAAAUACUUUUUGGUGACAAAAGAUGCCAGCUAAUUGAGUGUUUGUGAAUAUGUGCUGAUGGAAUAAUAAAUAAAUCGCCGAAAAGUAUAAACAAAACUCUUAACCUACCCAACACCCUCUCCAAAAAAGAGACUGGUGGGGUGAACGUACGUGGAAAUGGAAAAAUACAAAAGACUGAGCAGCCACCCGUUUGACAAUAUCCUCCUUCCCGAUAAAUGAACCGUGUUGUGCUCGAGAAACUGAGAUGUACUCAUGUUUGCUGUCUAAGAAAACUCUGUUGCGAUGAUCUUCAUUAUCAAAUGACUUUUAACGAUCGUGUGGGUGUAUGCUUCACUAAUCGAAGACUGAUUCUUGUUUUGUGGGAUUUGUUCUUGGAAGUGAGGCAUUAGACUGCUGAGUUGGGAGUGUUAAGGCAUCAAGAGACGAUGAUUGUUUGUGAAUCAGUUCCUUCUAAACAGACUGAACUAUUCUCACAGAGAAUAAAUUUUAGUUUUCUGACGACCGGAUAAUUUGCGCAUUCGUAUCAUAAUGAUUAGUCUUGAUUAUUUUUUUUAAUGAGUGUUUGAUUGACUGAAAUGAAGUUUUAAAAAAAUGAUGUAGCACUCAUAUCGUCUCAUUUAAAAAAGAGCAAAGUUCUGUUUGAUAUCUGUGACGGAAAUGGUUUAAAGUCAAUCAUCAGUCUACAGUCCAGCUAAUUAUAUUGUCUUUCUCCUCUCUGACUAUCUUUCUUUCUCUCACUCACUGUUUCGUCCAUGGCCGAUCUCGUUCACGAACAGCCUCACCUAUGAGCAGGUGGACUAUGAAUCGAUGUUAUUCGUGUGCCUGUCUUUACGAUUAAAUGAAUGCAUUGCCAGAAUAAACACAGUGGUCAGUGUGGAAAAAAGCAACCAGGAUGACAAAAUGUGGCUACAACCCUUUACUGAUGUUUCCAAUCAAAAUGACUUGUCUGUAGAAUGUAAUACCUGUGUCUAUGCCGUGUCCUUAUUUGUCUCAUCAGAAGCCGGCUCACACUCUCAGUUCCCACCUUCUUCACCAAAGAGGGAAGGAAGGACGUCUCUGUUCUUGAAUGAAAAUAUUGAUGCUUGGAACAAUGAACUUUGCUGACUUGACCAGCUUCAUCUAAACCCUACACUUACUUCUACAGCAUUCUCAUUGACUUGCUUUUGAGACUAUAGGUAUGUAGACAUAAACUGGAGUUCUUCAUGUCUCAACCUCCAGCUUCGGUGUGGCAAUCGUCUUCAUACCAUGAACACAGUUCUCAUCACAUCAAUUUACAAACGAAAUGGACUACUUGCCUUCUGUGUCUUGUGAACCGUCGUAUCAUUCACUGUGGUCGUCUAUCUACAGCGAGUAUAUUUUAGCGAAUCCUCGGAUAUGGUUGAAACAUUUGCGAUGUAAAGAUACGCGAGAAACCUGUCUUCUUUUGCUAUCGUGACCAUGUGUUUUGUUGUCAACAAUUAUUUCGACGGUGUACACAUUUAUUUCUCCACCUAGAAAUGUCAGUAUUAUUUACUGAAAACAUACUUUCUUGUGAGUGCAAUAUGCUCAAAUAAUUGUAAAUUUUUCUUUCCAACCAUCCCCAGGCUGUUUGGACAAACAGCAGAAGAAAAGCAAGACGCUGUUUGUGUCCGUUUGUGUGCAACUUUACUUGCUAAAGAAGUAUUGUAUGUAUAUUGUAUAUAUACAAGAGACAUCCAGCAUUAAAACUGAACAUAAAGUAAACAAAUUUCUGAAGUGACUUCUACAAUUUUUUUUCUUUUCACAUUCUCAUUAAACAAAAAGUGGCGGUGUGGGGUCUGACUUAAGUAAUCGUACGAUGUAGAGUUGGCUGAAGAAGUCUGACAUGUAUAAGCUGUAGUUAGUUUUUAGCAUGGGAAAAUAUGAAGGUGAUAUCUAGAGAAUCUUUAAAAUAUAAAGAAUUUGCAUACAAAUAAAACAGAAAACAGACAACAGCUUAAACAAUCUUAAUGCAGUAAACUUAGAAGUAAAUGAAAUACUUUCCGAAAGGCUCUUGUUGAAAGAAUAGACUUGUAGACGGCAUCCACUGGAUUGUUCUUACAUGUCUAUCCAAAAAAUAAGGCAAAAAGAAAUGAUAAUUGUUCGUGAUUAAAUGAAAUAUCUCUAGAAUGUGAGCUAGUACGAGGACCUUUAAAGGCAGCAAAGUGAGAACGCGAGAUAAGACACAGGUCGCUUUACCUACUGUGUAUCUGCACUUGAUAACCUUGCUUGAAAUCGUUGCAUAUCGACUCCUGACAAAAAGCAUGUCUACCUACAACUUGCAGCAUCUGUCGUGAAUAGUACGAUUCUCUCCCCUUAGUUUUAUUACCUCCCCUUCCUCCAUUUAACUUUUCCUAUUACCUCCGUUGCUUCGUCCUUUUUUUCCUCCAUCUACUCCUCUCUCUGUCUCUCUUCCUUCACUUCACUGGUUAGAAGGCAUGCUGGAUACUUUCAGGUAGGAGCUGGUAAUCCUGACUUGUAACAACGGUUUAAAAAAAUAGUGAACUGAUCACAGAGCAAACAUCGAUGGGUAGAUAACACAACAGCCGACAGGAGGCCAGACGAAAACAAAUGUUUAAGCUCCAAUCACUCUCGAGAUUGCUGUAUCCGUUACAUACUAGCAAAGAAUUAUGUCUUUCCUUUAUUGUAAUGAUGUUCGUAGUUUGUUUGUUGGAAGCUGUAUCUACAAUUACCGGAGUCUGAUUUUUUUUCUUCUAUUGCCCUUGUAGCGGUGACUGCGUAAAAUGACUUCUGCUACAUGACUGGAAAUUACAUCUUGAAGUGAAAUAAAUAUCUCACGUAAAGAGG